GUCAUACACACACCCACUCAAUUGCGGAAGGAAGGCAGAAGGGAGGUUACAGUUAACUGCAGUCAACGGCUCUACAAAAAGGCACAUUUUACCUGUUUAUAAACUAAAGUUUUGUGUUGGGUUCAACAAAUCAUAAAGGUAAACCGUCAAUCAGAAAGGAAGAGUAUCUCUGGGCAACUGUCAGCGUUUAAAAAGGAGCAUUUUGAUGAAAGCGAAAGUAAAAACUUUACGCGUUUUCUGAAGGGGCCUGCAGUUUCGACAGCGACACCAUGGCUGAAUGUGGUUGGGAUGAGGAGAUGUCAGAGGGUCCAUCCCUCCUUCAGGAGGACCUGACCUGUCCGGUCUGUAAAGAGCUCUACCGGGGGCCCGUUCUUCUUUCUUGCAGCCACAGCUUCUGCAAGGAGUGUUUGGAGAAAUGCUGGGAGGGGCCUGGGCAGAAGUGUCCCGUGUGCAGGAAGAGCUGUGACGGCGAGCAACCAAUAUCCAACCGGGCGCUGAUGGAUGCGACGGAGUCGUUUCAGAAGGAGAAGCGCUGGCAGGGACCGAACGCAUUCAGUAACGUGCCUCUUUGUAACCUGCAUCGGUUGGCGUUUCAACUUUACUGCGUAAAGGACGAGGAGCCCGUGUGCGUCGACUGUGUCCCUCUACAUCGGACUCACGAGCUGCUGCCACUCAACGAGGGGACGCGGUUGUGUCAGGAAGAACUGACCAUUAAAGUCAAAAUAUUGGAGGAGAAAGUGGAGACCUUCAAGAGAAUGAAAAAGAAAUACUCUAACACAGUUGAUUUCAUGAAGAGCCAGGCCGAGCAGGCAGAGAAGCAGAUUAAGGCAGAGUUUGAGAGGCUCCGUCAGGUGCUGUGUGUAGAGGAGGCUGCCAGGCUGAAGGCCCUGGCAGAUGAGGAGGAGGACAAGAGAUCCAGAAUGGAGGAAAGGAUCAGCUCCUUGACCAGUGACAUUGCUGCCCUCACUAAGCUGGUCCAAACAGUAAAGCGGGAGAUGGGGGCGGAGGAUUUAACCUUCUUGCAGAACUUCCCAGCCUUAAAGAAAAAAGCCCAGUGGCCUUGUGAAGACCCCCAGAAUCCCUCAGAUGCUCUCCUGAAUAUGGCCAAACACGUGGGCUCUCUGGGCUACAGCAUUUGGAAGAGCAUGCAGGCUCACGUCACAUGCAUCCCAGUGGUGAUGGACCCUAACACAGCCUCUCCCUGGCUUUCCAUGUCCCCAGACCUGGCCAGCGUACGGGACAGCCCAGAGCGCCAGUCCCUCCCGGACAACCCUGAGCGCUUCGACCCCUGUGUCUUUGUCCUUGGAGCUGAGGGCUUCUGCUCCGGCAAGCACCGCUGGGAGGUCCAUGUGGGAGACAACCCAAAGUGGAUCCUGGGAAUCUGUAAGGAGUCUGUGGCUCGCAAGAGGAAGUUCACCGUGUCCACAGACAGGGGCGUGUGGACCAUCGGGCUGAGCAAAGGGGUGUACAACGCCCUGACUGGCAAACGCACAGUGCUGGUCGUGGAGAGUCGGCCAGAGAGGGUCCGGGUCAAGCUAAACAUGGAUAAGGGGGAGGUGUCAUUUUGGGACGCAGGCAACGGUGGGAAGCACCUGUGCACCUUCACACACAAGUUUACAGAGAGAGUGUUCCCAAUAUUCGGUCCUGGGCUCCACACCACCCCGAUGGAGGUUAACCCGGCCAAGCUUGUGUUUGGGGAGUUCCUCCCAUUCUUCUCCGCAGAUCCUCUCAAGCUCUGGCAGGUUGGAUGGGGAGCCGUCGCUGCACAGCUAUGUUCAGGUCUCUCCAGAGAUGUUCGAUUGGGUUCAACUCCAGGCUCUGGCUGGUCCACUCAAGGACAUUGAGACUUGUCCCGAAGCCACUCCCGCGUUGUCUUGGCUGUGUGCUUAGGGUCGUUGUCCUGUUGGAAAGUGAACCUUCAACCCCUGUCUGAUGUCCUGAGCGCUCUGGAGCAGGUUUUCAUGAAGGAUCUUGCUGUACUUUGCUCUGUUCAUCUUUCCCUCGUACCUGAGUAGUCGCCCAGUCCCUUCCGCUGAAAAACAUCCCCACAGAAUGAUGCUGCUAUAAUUUCCACCUUUUGUCUAUUCCAUUUGCACAACAGCAUGUGAGAUUUAUCGUCAAUCAGUGUUGCUUCGUAAGUGGACAGUUUGAUUUCACAGAAGUGUGAUUGACUUGGAGUUACAUUGUGUUGUUUAAGUGUUCCCUUUAUUUUUUUGAGCAGUGUAUAUAUAUAUAUAUAUAUACACACUGUGUGUGUGUGUGUGUGUGUGUGUGUGUGUAGGGUCAGUGCAAGAUGGAGUCAGUGCAGGUAGUUCGGGUACCAUUAUUUUUCUAAUUAGUCUAUGCCAUACUGUCUUAGUCUUUGUAUAAAGACUAUUCUAUAUGAUGCUUUAUUUGCUCAUCUAAUGUAAAAAAAUAUAUAUCUAAUAAGGCAUAUGAUUGCAUAUUUUCUUGACAGUGUUGUAUGAUAUUUUAAUGACUUGAUGUAAUGUUUGAAUGAAAAAUCUGUGACAAUGAGAUCAUAUGACAUGAAAUAAUGCAUUGAUAAUUUCUUACUUUUAAUUUUCUUAGGUUUGAGUGAAUGCCGAAGUGUUUUGCUCUCAAUCAAAUUGACUGUAUUUAUGUUAUUCAUUUAUUAUAUAUAUUUUUCAAAAACUGUGGGAAAGUAGAGUCUUUAUGUUUCAUUGUUUUUUUUUAAACUAUAAAGCUGUUGAAUCAGUCAAGUUUUUUUCUCUGGGAGAUGUUCAGACACUAUUCAAUGUUUGUUUAACCAGUAACUAUGUUGGAAUAAGUUGUUUUGUGCUGAUACUGAUUUUGUAAAAUAAUGAUGAAUAAAUUGAUUGAGAUUCACCACCAA